AAUGAAAAAACCAGCUAAAGUCCAGGAAGAGAUUGACCGUGUGGUUGGCAGACAUCGCAGCCCCUGCAUGCAGGACAGGAGCCACAUGCCCUACACAGAUGCCAUGAUUCAUGAGGUACAGAGAUUCACAAUCUUGUCCCCACCAGCAUGCCCCAUGCAGUGACCUGUGACAUUAAAUUCAGGAACUACCUCAUCCCAAAGGGAACAAAUGUGUUAAUAUCACUGACAUCAGUGCUGCAUGACAGCAAGGAGUUCCCCAACCCAGAGAUAUUUGACCCAGGCCACUUUCUAGAUGAGAAUGGAAACUUUAAGAAAAGUGACAACUUUGUGCCUUUCUCAGCAGGAAAACGUGCUUGUGUUGGAGAGGGCCUGGCCUGCAUGGAGUUGUUUCUAUUUUUGACAACCAUUUUACAGAACUUUAAACUGAAAUCUCUGGUUCAACCAAAGGACAUUGAUAUGAGGCCAGUUCUGAAUGGUUUUGCCUCUCUGCUACCCCCUUACCAGCUCUGCUUCAUUCCUUCCUGAAGAUAUCAGGCAUUUUGGCUUCUGCUGUGUUGCCUUCUGCAAUUCCCUUCAGGUCUUUAUCCACUCCCUUCCCUCUAUCAUCCACCCUGACUCUUGUCUUAAGAUCCAGAAAGCACAUGGAGUUUCUGGAGUUAUAACACAAGUGCACUCGUAUUGUCUCUUUUAUAUAAAAGUUGUAUGAUCCCUUGUGUCACUGUGUAUCCAUUCUUGAGUUAAAAUAAAGCUUCACUGUAA